GUCAGGACUGACCUGAAGAUGCUGAGCUUGUGUGAACAAUUGUGUUCUCUACACAAUUGUUGCUGUUGUGAGCUGUUGUUGCUGAAGAGAGCAGCUGCUCAGUCUCUUUAGUUUCACUUUCAGAUUAAGUUACAGUGAACACGUCCAGAUUUUGACAUUCGUCUUAUUCUACUUUCUCGCGUUUUUUUCCUGACAGCUAUUUUAAGACGCUCAUACAUAAUCUGAAGACAACAGAAAGCGCCGCUUCUUCAUUUCUAGCUGGGGGUUUACAGAGCUCGUCUGCUCAUGCAUAUUAACACAGAGAAGAGGAAGGAACCCAGCACGGCGUUCUUCAGCUUGGUGUUUGUUCACACAAACGGGUUCCAAGCAGGACGUCGUGCUCUUCAGAUGCACCACGUCCACUUCAUGACUGAGCUGUUGCAGUGAGGAGCCGCUAUGGCAGCGUCAGCCGCUGGAUUCCUUCUGCUUCUCUCUGCGUCAGUGGUUCGUGGUGAAAAUGGCUGGUCAGUGACCUACACAAACACUGACAUCUGUGCUGUAGAAGGAAAAACAGUGCAAAUGUCCUGCAGCUACAAAUACCCGUACUCAUUUAAAUACACUACAAUUUCAAUUGAAAGAGAAUUUUGGUUCACAAGGAUGAUUGAGAAUGAGUAUGUGGAUCUUAAAUCAGAUCCACAAUACGAUCACCGUGUGGAGUAUCAGUGUUGGAGCAGAAGCUGCACUUUGACCAUCACCAACGUGAGAAAGAGCGACUCAGGCGUCUACAGGUUCAGGUUCAUGUCCAACCACCCUGAGGGGAAGUUCACUGGUGACCCUGGAGUGACCUUAUCCGUCACAGAUGAUCCAAACCUUCAUGUGAACAAAUAUAAUAAUGGGCUAUACUGUAGCUUUACUGUAUACAGUAAAUGUCUUCUACCUGAUCAGCGUUCCUACAUCUGGUACAAAAACGGACAUGAACUUCCAGAGCAAACAUCUUAUUAUUUAAAGAACGUUGAUUGUGCCCACAGCUAUUCGUGUGCGUUGAGAGGACAUGAGGCUUUUCCUGCUCCCUCAGUGUGUGUCAGUGGUCAAACCUGCAACAAAGUGAUUUACACUGACAGAAGCAUCUGUGCCGUCAAAGGAUCAUCAGUGGAGAUUUCCUGUACUUAUAACAGUCAUAGUGGAUCCAUCACCUCUAAGUUCUGGUUCCGUUCUGACCGUAGUGGUCAGAGUCCUUCACAGCCUCAGGACCUUCGUACAGACGUCCAGUUUACAGGCCGUGUUCAGGUCCUUGAAGCAGCGACAGGAGGCUCCACUCUGAGAAUCUCUGAUGUGACAGAGACGGAUUCAGGACAGUACGGCUUCACAUUCAGAGCAGGAGGCUUUGAGUGGGGCCAUAGUUUAUCUGGAUCCAGUCUGACUGUCACAGAUCUGCAGGUUCUAGUUUGGAGAUAUUCUACGUGGCGAAUCCUCCAGUGUUCCAGCAGCUGUCGUUUCCCUGAUCAUUCGUCCUUCAUCUGGUACAAGAACGGAGACAAGAUGAAAGAAAACCAGAAAGAAAUAUCUGCAUAUUCCAGUUCAGCAGACAGUUAUUCCUGUGCUCUCAGUGGACGUGAGGAUUUCCCUUCUGCUUCAGUCUGUGUUUACGGUGAAACCUGCAACAAAGUGAUUUACACUGACAGAAGCAUCUGUGCCGUCAAAGGAUCAUCAGUGGAGAUUUCCUGUACUUAUAACAGUUAUAGUGGAUCCAUCACCUCUAAGUACUGGUUCCGUUCUGACAGUAGUCUUCAGUGGCAGAGUUCUUCACAGCCUCAGGACCUUCGUACAGGUCGUGUUCAGGUCCUAGAAGCAGCGACAGGAGGCUCCACUCUGAGAAUCUCUGAUGUGACAGAGACGGAUUCAGGACAGUACGGCUUCACAUUCAGAGCAGGAGGCUUUGAGUGGGGCCGUAGUUUAUCUGGACCCAGUCUGACUGUCACAGCUUUACAGGUGCAGGUGAACAGAGUGAUGGCGAUCGACCCGUCCUCUGUUCAUGUAGAGCUGAAGUGUCAAAGCAGCUGCCGUCCUAGAAGCUCAUCAUACGUGUGGUUCCAGAACGGAAGUCCAACAGGAUCCACCACUCUUUAUUUUACAACAUGGAUUAAUUCUGGUGACAACUUCUCCUGUGCUUUUGAAGGACAUGAGAAUCUCUGCUCUCCAUUAGUCUAUGCUCCAAAGGCUCCUUUAUUAAAGCUGAGUCCAUCUGGUGACAUUCUGGAGAACAGUCCAGUGACUCUGACCUGUAGCAGUGAUGCUAACCCAGCAGCUAAUUACACCUGGUACAGAGACUCACAUCCUGAAUUCACCCAUGAAGGUCCACAGCUCGUCUUCAGCUCCAUCCAGUCGAAUCACUCUGGACGCUUUUACUGUGAAGCUGAGAACCAGCUGGGGAGGAGACGCUCUGAAUCCAUCUCUGUUGAUGUGAGAUAUGCUCCAGAUGUUCCCUCAGUGUCAGUGGUUCCCUCUGGUGACAUAGUGAAGAACAGCCCUGUGACUCUGACCUGUAGCAGUGACGCUAACCCAGCAGCUAAUUACACCUGGUACAGAGACUCACAUCCUGAAUUCACCCAUGAAGGUCCACAGCUCGUCUUCAGCUCCAUCCAGUCGUCUGACUCUGGACGCUUUUACUGUGAAGCUGAGAACCAGCUGGGGAGGAGACGCUCUGAGUUUGUCUCUAUCAAUGUGGAAUAUGCUCCAGAUGUUCCCUCAGUGUCAGUGGUUUCCUCUGGUGAGAUAGUGGAGGGCAGUUCAGUGACUUUGACCUGUAGCAGUGACGCUAACCCAGCAGCUAAUUACACCUGGUACAAGGAGGAUGAACAGGCAGCAAAAGCUUCAGGACAGAACUUCACCAUCAGCGACGUCAGAGCUGAAGAUGGCGGCAAAUAUUCCUGUGAAGCCCAGAACAGCAGAGGGCGACGUAGGUCUGUCAUCCAUGUGACUGUGGUCACAGGUUGGAUGAAAUCAGCAGCUGCUGGAUCAGUCAGUGUCGUCAUUGUGCUCCUCGUGUUCCUCGUUGUCUUCCUGUGGAUCAGAAAAAAGAGGUUCUUCCAAAGGACACCAGGACACGUGGAGGUACGAUGCACAAAGAGGCAGCUAAACGCAGGUCCAGAGUACGAGGUGCCUCCGGCUGCAGCUCCCAGAAACCCAGCGGCGCCGCAGGACGACCUCUUCUACGCCAGCAUCAGCUUCUCUAAGAGCCAGGACGAAGCGCUGUACUCCAACGUCAGAGCAGCGCCGCUGCAGCGACGCGGCGCCGAGGAGGAGGAGGACGUGGAGUACACGAUGGUCACCGCCCAGGGACUCGGUGCCUCCUCACAACCGAGGCGUCGAGAGGCUGAGGAGGAUUCAUUUGCUCUGUACAGCACCGUGAACAAAGCCCAGAGAGCAUGAACGCGCUCAGGACUCGCAUCCUCCGGCGUCAAGACUGAAGCAACAAGGCUUUAAAACGACGUUUAGAUCAUUGGAAGAUGCUUUAAGCUUUUGUGAUGAGACUGUUUACACUGAUAUUUUACUAAAUAAAGAACUAAUCACCA